UGGGGCAUUCAUUUAUUGUGCUUUGCCGUUUCGAAACUCAUUAUGUGUGCCUAGCCUGUCUUUAUUUUCUUACAAAUUGCUGCUUUUGUGAAUGGAUCUGACUGCUAAAUUCACAAUGGUUUGGGAUUUUUUAUGACGUGGUGGUCGCUAGACCGAUGACUAUUUAAUGGCCAGCUCAGCAUUUAGAUUUCUACGCUCAAGCGGGAACACUGUCUUGCGCGUUGGAACCUACUCGGUCAUCAUCUACUGUGGUGCGCAUUGUGUCUCGGAGUACGCCCUCGACUUUACAAAGUGUACAGGGCCCUCCAUGCUUCCUACCAUCAAGGAUAAUGAUGUUGUCCUGACAGAACACAUCAGCACUAAAUUCUUCAGCAAAGUUGACAAGGGUGACGUUAUUGUCCUGAGGUCACCACUUGACCCCACCCAAUUCCUAUGCAAACGGGUCAAAGCGAUGGAAUUUGACGACAUUCCCGCCAACAAGUGGAAGUUUUUACGGACCAAGCAUAUACCUAAGGGUCAUAUCUGGAUCGAGGGCGACAACACGCACAACUCAACAGACUCGAGGCAAUUUGGACCCGUCCCUCUAGCCAUGGUCCGGGGAAGAGCAGUACUGAGGGUUUGGCCGUGGGACAGGAGAGGAUAUCUCAACCCAGUCCCAGAUAGUUGACCUCUUGAUGACCCUAGCAUGACCUCGUGACCCGGCAGAUAUCAGGCAGUGCCCUAGACGACAACAACAUCUCGGCAAUAUUUGGAGAAAAGAAAUCCGAAUUGUCUGUAAAUUAAAAAACGAGUUACAAACUCCUCAUGUGCAAUUUUUACACUUGAUUUUUUUUUUAAAGAAAAACAGGGAAGCCAAAAACAUCCAAAUGUCUGCAAAUGACUGUAAAACGGGUAGUUUAAAAAACACAAAAAUGUGCUAAUUACCUACAUGCCCCCUUGUCUUUGCCUUGGUGUCCCUUGAAUUGUUCCAGUAAAAAUUGUUACAGUCCUUUUAGACAGGUGCCCUUAACCAAGGAAAAACUGCCUUGCCCUGACAAGAACAAUACUUGGAAGCCGGAGUCUAUCUUUUAGAUUUCAAGAAACAAACAAAUCAAACUUUGUUUUGGUUUGCAAUAACAUCAUUUGUGUCUCUUCUUAUCGGGUAGAUUUUGUUCUUUAGAGAACUGUCUUGCUAUACUCUAUAGAUUUUUCGGAUUUUCUAUAAUUCUCAGUUCUGAAAAGAACUGUCCUGCUUUUUCACUACUACCUGGGCGGAAGGUAGACAAUCGGCUGGGACUACUGUUUUAGCUUAUGGGGGAUUGUAUUAGCUGCACUACCUCGGAGUGAGUUCUUAAAGGCAGUGGACACUAUUGGUAAUUGUCCAAGACUAGCCUUCACAGUUGGUGUAUCUCAA